UCCCUCUCUCUCUCUCUCUCUCUUCUGUUUUUCUUCUGUUUCUACAUGACAGGAAUUAUUUCCCAUUUUCCCGCUUGCAUUUUAUUGAAUUUGUUCUGAUUUUUUUUCGCCUUUUAUUCGCCUCCUUUCUCGUCCUCCCUUCCAAUCUUGAUUCUUUUUUCUUUGUUUGUCUUCUUCAUUUUUCUCAUCGCUGGAAUUGUUUUUCAAUUCGUUUUAAUUUUUAAUGCAUCAUUCUGGUUUUAUUAUGGUUGCUGAGAAAAUGUGGUUGGGAAUUCAACUGGGAGGAUUUUACAUCUUUCUCUCCAGAAUCAUCAGAUGUUACUAUUUAGAUGAGAAGAUAAUGAUCGGUAUUAAUCUUCUCUGCCUAGUUCUUACUUAACUAAUGGGAAAAGGAAUUUCUCGAAUUUCAUACCAUGGCAACUUCAAAAGGGUCAUCCAACGUCAGAAAUUUUAUGAGUUCUGGAAAACAUGCACUACUCCCUCCUAAAAGUCCUUUCCCUAGUGUUUCUCCAUCAUAUACUGAAUAUGUUCCUAAUACUGCAAUUGGAGCAAAAGCUGUUCAGAGACCAAGAGAUGAUAACAGCUACCAUCAAAGAACUUCUUCCGAAAGCUUUCUAAUAGAGGAGCAGCCUUCUUGGCUUGAAGAUCUUCUUAAUGAGCCGGAGACCCCUGUUCGCAGAGUUGGUCAUCGACGUUCAUCAAGUGACUCCUUUGCAUAUACAGAUUCUGCUAAUGCUAAUUUUGAUAGUAUCGUGCAAGAAGACUUCAAAUAUACAAAUUCUAUUCCUGGACACUCUUGGUUAUCUCAAGAAUUUGAUCGUCAGAGAGAUGCAAGGCAUGCUUCAUUUUAUACUGAAGCGAAUGUGACAAAGCAGAAGAAUAGGGUGUGGGAAUCAUCUUUGUCUGCCAUGAAUAAUCCCAUGGCUCUUCGUUCUCCCAGGGAGAACAUUGUUGUUCAUACCUCGGGACCAUUGAUCCCUCCGCAGGAGGCAGAUGGUUUGCUUUCUACAGCAAGUGAAAAACAGGAUCCAACUGAGUCUGGUCCACACGAUCCAAAAGUCUCUUCUGAAAGGAAAGACGUGUCUCAUGGAAAAUCAUCCGGGUCGGAUACAGAAAAUAAACGUGCCAAACAGCAAUUUGCUCAGCGUUCAAGGGUUCGGAAACUUCAAUAUAUAGCUGAGCUUGAAAGGAAAGUACAAGCUUUGCAGGCAGAGGGCUCUGACGUCUCAGCUGAGCUUGAAUUUCUCAACCAGCAAAAUAUUAUUCUUAGCAUGGAGAACAAAGCCCUCAAGCAGCGGUUAGAGAGUUUAGCUCAAGAGCAGCUAAUUAAAUACUUGGAGCAGGAAGUACUGGAGAGGGAGAUUGGAAGGUUAAGAGCUGUGCAUCAGCAGCAACAACCGCAACAACUACGACCUUCUUCUAGUCAUCGGCGUACUUCAAGCAAAGACCUUGACAGUCAAUUUGUGAAUCUUUCUUUGAAGCAAAAGGAUUCUGGUUCAAGUUGUGACCCAGUAACAGGUCCAGUACGCAGUUAGGUUUCAUGUUUGACUUCACGUGUUGUGCCUGGGGACGUUCGCCAAAUUGGUGAACGAAAAUGAUUGUCACUUCAUGCAAGACAAGCUGAUCGCUUCCAGUAUUGGUACCUCUCUGUUUCUCUCAGGUCUCCUUUUAAUUCUCUGCCGCUGUUUCUGCCUUUUCCUGGAGUUAACAUCUUCAUAUGCAUGCACCUGGUGGUCAUUGCCGUUGUCUUGUUUGUUCAACAUGAGGUGUGUGGCCUACCGGAGGUGGUAUCUGUCUGUACUGUAUGUCUAAUCAAUUAUAAUUUACACCACUUGUAAGCACCAUUUUUUAACUUUCAUCCAAAAAAGUUCCGCUCCCACAGUGUGAACAUCUUCUGUGCUGUUUGGACAUUCAGUACCUGUAAUGCAUCACGGUGAGAAAUAAUUACAUGAUUCCAUUGAAAUCUCUGAUUUACGGAUGGAAUGCUUGCCUAAUCUCUCUCCCUCCAUGUACUUCAGACUUGUUUUAACCAUUUUUAUGGCUGAGAUGAUCGAAAUAUUUUGAUGUU